AUGAGCGGCAUGCGACGAUUCCUUAAACUUAACCUGGCCGAGGCCGAAGCUGCUAUGAAGCCACGUUUAUUAGAAGGCAAGUGGAAACAGCCAAUGAUAUCCGGCCGUAAAAUUGCCAUGGUGAAGAAACAUGCGAUGCGCAACGGUCUUGUAGGCACGUGGGAGGAGGGUAAAGGGGGUUGGCUCGAGACUUGGGACCGACCCCAGAAGCACCAUGUGAUGCGGCCUCUGAAGGGUCAUAAGAAUCAACGCAACGAGUUUGAGCGCGUCAAAAAGGUGCAGGCGGCAAUGGAAGCCAUGCCCAUCAAAAUUGCAGACCAUAAGAAGGCGGUUAAGCAGGCCAAACCGCUGAAGGGAUUAGACAAGUGGCUUACUGAAAAGGACCCGUACUGA